CUCAAUUUGUGCAUUUGAAGAAACACAUGAGGGUCCAUACUGGUGAAAAGGUGGAAAAACGCCAUAAGUGUGAACAUUGUUCGAGGGCAUUCGCUGAAGCUUCACAUUUAAGGAUACAUAUGAGAGUCCAUACCGGUGAAAAACCCCAUAAGUGUGAAUAUUGUUCGGAGGGAUUCACUCAUUCAUCAGGUUUAAGGAAACAUAUAAGAGUACAUACUGGUGAAAAGGUGGAAAAACCCUAUAAGUGUGAAUACUGUUUGAAGGCAUUCGCUAAAGUUGCAGAUUUAAGGAGACAUAUAAGAGUCCACACCGGUGAAAAGCCCUAUUCUUGCGACCAAUGUUCAAAGACAUUCACUGUUUCUUCAAGUUUAAGGAAACAUAAAAGAGUCCAUACUGGCGAAAAGCCAUAUUCAUGCGAACAUUGUACUAAGGCAUUCACUCAAUCUGCAGAUUUAAUGAAGCAUAUGAAUAUCCAAACUGGUGAAAAGCCCUAUUCAUGUGACUAUUGUUCUAAGGCAUUUUCUUGCGAUUCGGACCUUCAGAGACAUAAAAGAGUCCAUACUGGCGAAAAGCCAUAUUCAUGCGAACAUUGUUCUAAGGCAUUCACUCAAUCUGCAAAUUUAAUGCAGCAUAUGAAUAUCCACACUGGUGAAAAGCCCUAUUCGUGUGACUAUUGUUCAAAGGCAUUUUCUCAUGUUUCGAACCUUCAGAGACAUAAAAGAGUCCAUACUGGCGAAAAGCCAUAUUCAUGCGAACAUUGUACAAAGGCAUUCACUCAAUCUGCAAGUUUAAUGCAGCAUAUGAAUAUCCACACUGGUGAAAAGCCCUAUUCGUGUGACUAUUGUUCAAAGGCAUUUUCUUGCGUUUCGGACCUUCAGAGACAUAAAAGAGUCCAUACUGGCGAAAAGCCAUAUUCAUGCGAACAUUGUACAAAGGCAUUCACUCAAUCUGCAAGUUUAAUGAAGCAUAUGAAUAUCCACACUGGUGAAAAGCCCUAUUCGUGUGACUAUUGUCCAAAGGCAUUUUCUUGCGUUUCGGACCUUCAGAGACAUAAAAGAGUCCAUACUGGCGAAAAGCCAUAUUCAUGCGAACAUUGUUCUAAGGCAUUCACUCAAUCUGCAAAUUUAAUGAAGCAUAUGAAUAUCCACACCGGUGAAAAGCCCUAUUCGUGUGGCUAUUGUUCAAAGUCAUUUUCUCAUGUUUCGAACCUUCAGAGACAUGAAAGAGUUCAUACUGGCGAAAAGCCAUAUUCGUGCGAACAAUGUGCUAAGGCAUUCACUCAAUUCUCAAGUUUAGAGACACAUAGGAGAGUGCACACUGGUGAAAAGCCCUAUUCGUGCGAACAUUGUUCAAAGACAUUUGCUACGAGUUCACGUCGUAACGUGCAUAAAAGAAUUCAUUCAGGGGACAAGCCCUAUUCAUGUGACUAUUGUUCAAAGACAUUCAUUCAAUCUUCAGGCUUAACAAAACAUAUGCGAGUCCAUUCUGGCGAAAAGCCUUAUAUUUGUGAGCAUUGUUCAAGAGCAUUUUCUGCUGUUUCGGACCUUAAGAGACAUGACAGAAUCCAUACUGGCGAAAAGCCAUAUUCAUGCGAACAGUGUGGUAAGGCAUUCGCUCAUGCCUCAAGUUUAGCGAAACAUUUGAGAUUCCACUCUGGUGAAAAGCCCUAUUCGUGCAAAUAUUGUUCAAAGACAUUUGCCACUGGUUCAGAUCUUAAGAUACAUGAAAGAGUUCAUACAGGUGACAAGCCAUAUUCGUGUGACUAUUGUUCAAAGACAUUCACUCAAUCUUCAGAUUUGACGAAACAUAUGCGAUUCCAUUCUGGAGAAAAACCUUACACUUGUGAGUAUUGUUCCAAGACAUUUCAAGAUAGUUCAAACUUUAAGACACAUUUGAGAGUACACACUGGUGAAAAGCCCUAUUCGUGUGAAUAUUGUUCAAAGACAUUCACUCAACGUUCAAGUUUAACGAGACAUAUGAGAACCCAUACUGGUGAAAAACCGUAUUCUUGCAAAUACUGUUUGAAUUCUUUUUCUCAGGCUUCAAACUUAAAGCAGCACAUGAGAGUUCACACUGACGAGCAGUCAUAUUUGUGUGAAUGA